AGUAAAGGACCUACUUUUAAAGUCUUCCGUGGAAGUAGCGAUGUAUUAAAAACAUAUAAGGAGUUCUGUAUACCUGCAGAAUUAACGUCAGUUCAUUAUCUAAAAAAGAAUCUAAUCGUAGGUUGUACAAAAGGAUUUGAAGUAGUUAAUUUGGAGACUCUUAAAACACAAGGUUUACUACAUCCAGAAGAUACUUCACAUGAAUUUGUACUUAAAAAAGAAAAUGUAAAACCCAUUGCUAUUUAUCGU